UAAUCUGAGGCAGGGAUGUCUCUAGCAUGCUCUGGCUUAAUGUUUAGCUCAGGCAAAAUAAAGUCCACAGAUGAACAGGAAAAUGUGGAAAGCUGUGUCACACUGAUGAAGGGAACUGAUACAGAGAUGGAAUCCAAAACCCUGUAUCCAAGAAAGAGGCAGUCAAAUAAUCCUGGUAUCGAUGUGGGAGCCUCUGAUUAUCUAAACGAACCACUUGCCUCUCUGACUCCCUCACCUCUCUCUCCUCUCGCUCGUCUUUAUGUUUAUGCCUUGCAUGGGUGUUUGUGUGAGGUGGCAUUUACUGCUACCUGGAAUUGGUAUUACACUCAUGACCAAAAGCUUCCAGGCUACACCAGCUUGUGGUCGCUCCUUAUUUAUAGCUUAGCUAUCUUUUUAAUGGAGGGCUUGAGCACAUGGCUACAACAGAGACACUUCCACUUAUUGCUACGGCUGACUGUUUACACCUUGUUCAUAUACCUGUGGGAGUUCAGCUGGGGGGUCUUGCUCAGGCUGUUGGAGGCAUGUCCAUGGGACUACUCACAUUUCAAAUAUAAUCUCAUGGGACUUGUGACCUUGGAGUAUGCUAUGCCUUGGGCAAUGGCUGCCCUCCUAGCAGAGAAACAUGUUAUUAGGUAUACACUGAAGAUACGAGUGAAUACUUAAUUAAGGUUUAAAUUGUUUGUUUUGUUAAUAAGCCUUUUUAUACUGUUAGAACUAUAACAGCAAUGAAACAUGUCAAAUUCAAAUUUUAUUGGUCACUUGUACAGUACGACGAUAAUGAAAUGCUUUUUACGACUGCCCAUAACUUUUCAGUCCUCAGCUCUGUGUUGUUCUACGUAGAAGUAUGUCCUACUGUUUUAUUUCAAAAUGUACUGCGUCAGCUACUGUAAAAUGGAAUAAAAAUUAAAAUUAAAAAUAAAGAAUUUAUAUAGCAUUUU